CUCUGGGAAGGGAGCUUCCGUGUUUCUUCUGCGCCUGUGUGUCUCUUGCUCUCUGGCGGUCUUCUCCAAAGUUGGGCCAGUGUCGGGUCCUGUGGGCGCUUUGGUAGCAUCUCUGACAUGGAGGGACUGCUCUCCUUCAGGGAUGUGGCCAUUGAUUUUUCUGCAGAGGAAUGUGAAUGCUUGAACUCUGCUCAGUGGAAUCUGUACAGGGAUGUGAUGUUGGAGAAUUACAGCCACCUUGUGUUCCUGGGGCUUGCUUUCUCUAAGCCGUACUUGGUCACAUUUCUUGAGCAAAGACAAGAACCCUGGAAUGUGAAGGAACCAGCAACAGAAGCAGCAUAUCCAGGAAUAAAACCUUACAAAUUUAAAGAAUGUGGCAAGACCUUUUCUUGGAACUCACUGCUUCUUCAACACCAUAAAAUUCAUCCUGGAGCAAAACUUUACAAGUGUGAUGAAUGUGGCAAGACCUUUAAUGUUCGAUCAACACUGUAUAAACACCAUAGAACUCAUACUGGAGAGAAACCCUACAAAUGUAAAGAAUGUGGCAAAGCUUUUACGUGUUCUUCAAGCCUUAACCAACACCAUAGAAUUCACACUGGGGAGAAACCCUACAAAUGUGAAUGUGGCAAAGCCUUUAAUAAUUCUUCAGCACUUACUCAGCACCAAAGAAUCCAUACAGGAGAGAGACCAUACAAGUGUGAAGAGUGUGGCAAAGCCUUUAACAAUUGCUCAGCCCGUACGCGGCACCAAAGAAUCCAUACUGGAGAAAGGCCCUACAAAUGUGCACAAUGUGGCAAGACCUUUAAUUUUCCUACAUCACUCUCUCAGCACCAGAGAAUUCAUACUGGAGAAAAACCCUACAAAUGUGAAGAAUGUGGCAAAGCCUUUAACUGUUCUUCACAUCUUAAACAACACCGAAUUAUUCAUACUGGAAAGAAGCCCUACAAAUGUAAAGAAUGUAGCAAAGCUUUUAACUGUUCUUCAAGUCUUAACCAACACCGUAGAAUUCACACUGGGGAGAAACGCUACAUAUGUGAGGAAUGUGGCAAAGCCUUUAAUAACUGCUCAGCUCUUACUCAACACCAAAGAAUUCACAGUGGAGAGAAGCCCUAUAAAUGUGAAGAGUGUGGCAAAGCCUUUUAUAAUUGCUCAGCCCUUUCUCGGCACCAAAAAAUUCAUACUGGAGAAAAACCUUAUAAAUGUGCAGACUGUGGCAAGGCUUUUAUUUUUCGCUCAUCACUCUCUCAACACCAGAGAAUUCAUACUGGAGAGAAACCCUACAAAUGCAAAGAAUGUGGCAAAGCCUUUAACUGUUCAUCUCACCUUAACCAGCAUGGAAGAAUUCACAGUGGAGAGAAACCUUAUAAAUGUGAAGAGUGUGGCCAGAUGUUCAUCUGUUCUUCAUACCUACAUAAGCAUCAGAAGAUUCAUGCUAUUGAGAAACUCUAUGAAUGCAAAGAAUGUGGUAAAACCUUUAGUUGUUCUUCAUACCUUAAGUAUCAUCAGAGAUUUCAUACUGGGGGAAAAUCCUACACGUGCAAAGAAUGUGACAAAACCUUUAGGUCAUCUUCUUACCUUAGAAAUCAUCAGAGAUUUCAUACUGGAGAGAAACCCUACACAUGCAAAGAAUGUGGCAAAGCCUUUGUUAAUUCUUCAAGCCUUCUUGUACACCAAAGAAUUCACACUGGAGAGAAACCAUACAAAUGCAAAGAAUGUGGCAAGGCCUUUAGAUGUUCGUCAUAUUUUAAGUAUCAUCAGAGACUUCAUACUGGAGAGAAACCCUACACAUGCAAAGAUUGUGGGAAAGCUUUUGCUAAAUCUUCAUGUCUUAUUUUACACCAAAGAAUUCAUACUGGGGAAAAACCCUACAAAUGUGAAGAGUGUGGCCAGGCCUUUAUCUGUUCUUCAUACCUGAGGAAGCAUCAGAGAAUCCACACUGGUGAGAAACCAUACACAUGUGAAGAAUGUGGCAAAGCUUUUAGCAUUUAUUCAACCUUCGCUCAACACCAGAGAAUUCAUACUGGAGAAAAACCUUAUAAAUGCAAGGAAUGUGAUAAAGCAUUUAAUAAUCAUUCAGCCCUAAUUAAACAUCAAAGAAUUCACACUGGAGAGAAACCCUAUACAUGCAAAGAAUGUAGUAAAGCUUUUAAUAAUAGCUCAAGUCUUAUUCGACAUCAACGAAUUCAUAUUGGAAUUGAAACCCUAGAAAUUCAAGGAAUUUGGCAAGGCCUUUAGAAAUAGCUCAAUGCUUAGCUCCAAAAACUCAUGCUAGUGAGAAACUGUGGAUAUGAAAAAAGGUGACUAAUUAAUAAGUGUUCUAUACAUAUACAAUGUAAAAAAAAAAUCAUGCAUUAGAGAAAGCCUACAAGUUCAAAUAGUGUUGCAACUCUCUUAACUCUUCUUCAUGUCUUAUUGAUAGUAGAGAAUUUGUACUGAGGAAGCAUACACAUGUAAAUAAUGUGUCAAGGCUUUUACUGACGGCUCACCCCUUAUCAGUGAAGUCAUGCCUAAUAGAAAUCUUAUCCAUUUACUGACUUUGGAAAGGACUCUGUGCAGUAUGUGUGGGCAAAGUAAUUAUUCUGAAAGACAUGUAAACAUAGACUGUAGUAAAGCUCAUACCUCAGAUCUUAAGAGAUCUGAGAGUUACUAUAGGUGACAAAUCUCGUAAAUAUAUGGAAUGAUGUAAAAAUAAAGUAAAUAUUGCAUAUAAGUUAUGGGACAUUAUUUGAUGUGAUAGAAAUAAAUCUCAUAGACAUCAGAAUCAUACACAUGACUCAGUAAGGAUAUGAAGGAUAUGAAUUUAUUAAUGAAACCUUAGUUACUAUGUAAAUUUACAUACCCAUGUUUGAAAGCAGAAGUUAGCACAAUGCUCAAGACUGUCGAAAGAACAAGACUAGUUCCAAAUGAUUUUAGUAUAAUUCUUUUUCCUCAGAGACAAGAGAGUAGAUAUAAAAUAAAGGUUGUGUGUGAAACUUACAUUUUUAAAUAAACUAAUUUGAAUGGUUCAUAAUGUAGUGUAUAUGUUUUUAUUGGGUAACAUUAUUCUAUCAUAGACAUUAAAAUAUUUCACCUUAUUAAAGGAGAUCGAUGUCAGGUUUCAGAUGUAUACUUCUGAGAAUUAUUCGAAUAAAUAAUCAUUGUAUCCCAGAUGCCAGUAUCUAUCAAAAUAUUUGGAGGAUAUUAUUCCAAUGUUAUAUAUUUGUUCGUACCCUUCUGUGGUAACUAGGAAUUAAGUAGUUUUAGGUGGGUAAUUAUGUCCUAGCUUUCUGAAACUUGAAUUGUAUUACUAUUUAUUAGGUUUUACUAAAUGCAUGUAUACAUAUUUGAGAAUGGUAGCAUGGCUGCUGGUCAUAUAGACAUUAUGUGUGGUGUGUGUGUGUGUGUGUGUGUGUGUGUGUGUAUGCACCACUCUUUGACCUAAAAAACCCACUCAAGUUUGGUAUUUAGUACACUAUCUGAAAUAUCCUACUUUUAUAAUCAAAUAAACUUAGGAAUGAAGAGAGAAUUUGAAGCACCAUGUGUAUGUACAUGCUUGUUACUGAACCUGGCAUGACUGGCGGGAAUUGAUAAGUUGACUGGCCUCCACUUUUUCCUUCAAGCUAUUACUACAGUGGCCUUCAAGAAAAUAGAAGUUCUCUAAGAUCCUUCUGGGAGAAGAAAAAGCCCUGGGCCAUCCAUAGGAGGGUCCUGCCUUUGGAGAAAGACUUAGUUUAUAUAAUAGCUUUGCUAGAAAGACUAAUCUUGAAGGAGAAACAUGGGGCUUUGACUGUGGUGGGCUGUAGACCACACCUUGGUUGGACUGCUUAGUUGUGUGUUUCCCUUUUGCCUUUUAUUUAUUGUAUUUUAUUAUAUUUAUUUUAUAUUAUGUAUAUAUAUAUUGCAUGUAAAUAUGUUAUUAUAUUUAUCUAUAUAAUACCCUUACAUUGUGUUAGUAUUCUGAAGAUGGACUGGCAAGGUAUUGUAUCUCUUUUUCUCUUUUCCCAGUGUGGUUAUUUUGAAUAAAUAUUUCUUUUUUAUUA